UAGAGAGUGCAGCUGAGUGGGACACAGCCGAGGGCAGCCUGAGGAAGUACCAUCCACCUUGGAUCUGCAAGUCUCCCAAGAGGCUAGGCUGAUGUCUGAGGUUUCCAGGAACUCUUCUCGUUGAAACUUUUGUUGGACCUGCGAGCCGGUGGAAGAUGUUGGCGUAGCCCCACGUGCGCCCUGGAGACACUUGCCUUCCGCUUCCGAGCGCGUGUUGCGGAGCCCCUCCUUGCAGGAGAUUCAAGUCAGCGGCGGGAGGAGGAGGAGUUCCGGCGCCUGCCUGCUUGCUGCAUGAAAGUCACUUUCGCAUGAGGAGUCAAAGACACGCGGCAGAUAAGCUUUCAAUCAGGAGGCCUGAGGCAAGAUCUAAAGGGGGAGAGGAUAGAUUCUGCAGCUAGGCAGAGAGACAAGGAGAAACGUGCAGAUUUCGGAGGGAGAGGAUAUAUUCUGCAGCUAGGCAGAGAGAAAUGGAGAAACGUGCAGAUUUCGGGGGGCGGGGCAGAUCCCCCCUCCCUUAGACCUGGAUUCUUUUGAUUUUUCAGGCACACGUCAGCCGAAGGGAGGUGGCACAGAGCUGCCUCCUCCUCCUGCCCCCCCUACAAAACCUGGAGGCACUAACAGAACAGGCCCCUGUUCCCAUCCAUAGAACCAUAGAGUUGGAAGGGACCACUUGGGGUCAUCCAGCCCAACCCCCUCUGUAACGCAGGGAACUUUUGCCCAACGUGGGACUGGAACUAAUGACCCCGAGAUUAAGAGUCUCAUGCUCUACCGACUGAGCUUCCCCACCCUACAACAACUGAGCUGGCUUUCUUUUCUGUUUCUGUAGGUCUAGCAGCAAAAGCUGUGUUACCAUUGCCCACCCUUUCAAACAGCACAAUGCCUGGUCUUCUGAACCGGAUGUGCCACAUUGGGUUCCACGUCCCUGAGGGGCAACAGCUGGCCAGCAACCUGGUGCACCAGUUUGGAUUCGAGCUGUUUGCUGCACGGGUGGCAGAAUGGAGCAGGCAGCUGGCCUUCCGGAGAGGCGAUGCCGUUUUUCUCGUCAAUGAAAGGCUGAAGCCUGCCAAGAGAGACGCUCUGCCUGUGCCAUCUUCAGGCUGCCGCAAGGAUAAAGGAAUCCUGUAUGACGUGGACCUAGAGUAUGCCGUCAGUACAGCCUCCAACAUUUGCUUUGAGGCAGAAGAUGUACCUGGCAUCUCCCAAAGCCUACAGGAACGAGGAUGUCAGAUCCUCAUCCCUCCCACAGCUGUGGGAGAUGAAAAUGGCCAUGUCACUUAUUCUGUGGUGGCAUCCAUCAUAGGCAACGUCAGCCACACACUACUUGACAGAUCUCGGUACAGCGGACCAUUCCUGCCUGGUUUCCACAUGGCAGAGGGUGCUCCCAAGAAGUUCCAGGCAGGUGGCCAGGUGACACAUUUUGACCAUGUCACCUAUGCUUGCCCCCAAGGUAGCUCGCAAGCUGUGUUGGACUGGUACAAGAACUGUUUGGGAUUCCAGCGCUUCCCCAUCCACCAGCAAGACAAUGGUACUGAUGGCUAUACAAUCCAGGGUGCUGGUAUGGGCCUUCGUCUUACUGCCAUGCAGUCCAAAGGGAGCGAUUCAACUCUGCUUCACAAUGACUGUAAAAUUAUUCUAGCUGAGUCUCUGCCAGAGCAAAAGAAGAACCAGGUGGAUACUUUCUUAGAACAGCACGGUGGAUCGGGCAUCCAGCACGUGGCUCUCUACACCACAGGUAUUAUAGGGGCUGCUGCAGCCAUGGCCAGAUCUGGCGCAAACUUUUUCAAGCCCCCCUUAUCAUACUACAGUGAGAAAAGGAAGGUGGAGGAGAUAAGGCAAGCUGGGCAAAAUCUUCAGCUCCUGAAGGACCAUGGCAUCCUUCUGGACACUGACUUAGGAGGCAACAGUGGCUCGGGAGGCCUUUUUGGGAAGCAAUACCUCAUGCAGAUCUUCACCAAGCCUCUCUUUACAGAAGAUACUUUCUUCCUGGAGCUUAUAGAGCGAUGUGGGGCCACAGGUUUUGGUGAGGGAAACAUUCGUGCUCUCUGGCGGUCUGUACAAAACUAUAUGGACCAGCAAGUUUGAAGAAUGCGCACGAAUACUGUCACACAAUCCUGUGCUCAGUGUGUAUGUGAACUUGAUGGUGCGAGUUCUGCAAACCUCCUAAGGCAGGCACCCCCAAACUGCGGCCCUCCAGAUGUUUUGGCCUACAACUCCCAUGAUCCCUAGCUAACAGGAGCAGUGGUUGGGGAAGAUGGGAAUUGUAGUCCAAAACACCUGGAGGGCCGAAGUUUGGGGAUGCCUGUCCUAAGGGGUUGGUUUCCCUGUUGUAUCACUAACAUACUUCCUAAACUGACUCUGCACCUCCACCAGAGUUGCUUUCACUGGUGUAAAAAGUAUCCAUGUGAUCUGGAUGACCCACCUAAUCAGAACUUUUUACACAUUGCUGAUCUAUUGAGUUGGGAGCUAACCAUAGCAAAGAAACAUUGUGAUGGCAGCUGCACCUCAAGGCCUGUGUGCACAUGUUUAUUUCUCUUAGCGCUAAAAUGCAAGGGCUUUAAGGAGCCUUCAGAUGUUGAGCUACAACUCAUAUCAUCCUUGACCAUUGGCCAUGCUAUAGAUGUUGGGAGUUUAGCAACAUCUGCAGGGCUGCAGGUUCCCAUCCCUAAGGCAAGAUAUGGCAUGUAUUUCUGUCCUAAAAAGGGGCAAGCACUGGAACUGCACAAGCAACAUCCACAGCAAAGCCCAUUAUUUUGGGACCUGAUUCUGAAACAAGUGAAUUGCCCCACUCACUUAAUUCAUUGCGAUUCCCAUUUUAAGGUCAGAAGAGGAAGUUGUUUCUGCCUUUACCAGUGUUUACGCUUAGUUUAUCUCCACCAUCCAGUUAAGUGUCCAAAAAAGAGAGGAAAUUCCUAUGCUGCUUUUACCCAUUUACACACUAGAACAAUACAGUUAAUUGGAAACGCAGCAUGCAAGAUGGUUUGCUAACUAUUCCUGCUGUGCAACUUGGCAGCUUCCUGACUAGCAGCACAAUAAGGACUAGUUGGGAACUCUUGUGGCUCUGUAGAUCCAAAACAACUGCACACAGAAUUGGAUGAGACAGUGUCAAGCUUUGGGCUCCUAUAAGAGGGACAGAAUUUGCCUUACACCAUAUUGAAAAGGGACCCAGGUGGCGCUGUGGUUAAACCACUGAGCCUAGGGCUUGCUGAUCAGAAGGUCGGCGGUUCGAAUCCCUGUGACGGGGUGAGCUCCCGUUGCUUGGUCCCAGCUCCUGCCAACCUAGCAGUUCGAAAGCACAUUAAAAAAAGUGCAAGUAGAUAAAUAGGCACCGCUACAGCGGGAAGGUAAACGGCGUUUCCAUGUGCUGCUCUGGUUCGCCAGAAGCAGCUUUGUCAUGCUGGCCACAUGACCUGGAAGCUAUACGCCGGCUCCCUCAGCCAAUAAUGCGAGAUGAGCGCGCAACCCCAGAGUCGGUCACGACUGGACCUAAUGGUCAGGGGUCCCUUUACCUUUAUAUUGAAAACUAGAAGGGUGAAUAUCAGGUGAGCCUACAUCUCCGAAGGCAGCUACCUUGUUAUGCUGCUUAAUUACGUGGAGGGUGAAGUAUUUAGUCAAUUCAUUAAAGUCUCUUGAGCUCUGACAGAGAACACGUUUUUGCUAGGUGGGCAUUGGAAUACUGCAUCUUGCCUGCAAACAAGUGUGGUCAAUACUCUUAGAACAGGGCUUCUCUAUUCUGCAUCUCUAUCAACAAGCUUCACUGCUGGAACAAGCAAAGCAAACAGAAAGCAUAGAAAUCCAGCUCUAAUUUCUUGUAGAUCUGGGGCUCCAGAGACAAAGACUAAAGCAACAUGGAAAGGGGUAGUAUCAGGUUGAUGCUUGCCCAAUAUUGUCCCAGAACAGGAAAUGGAGUUCUUCAAUAAUAUGCAAUUCAUCUUCUUCAGCACAAAACUACCGUAUGGGCUGAAGCUCUUUUUAAAAAUUGUUACAGUACUUGAAUGGUUUCCGUCUCAAGUAUAUUUGUGAUGAGAUCACAGCAAAACAUUAAUAUGUUUAUUAACCACAAUUUAAAUUACAGGAUUUAUUUGUAACUUGUUAUUUAAAUUAUAACACUGAAGUAUAAUGUUCUUUUAAGUGUUGGGUAUAAUAGUGGUUUUUCUGUUUUAGGUCUAGUUGGUAAUAUGUUUUACUGUUUCAAUUUGGCCUGCUAGUCAGCUGAAGAACAGCUUAUUUCUUUAGUAAACUUGCUUAAUUUUUGUUACAAUUGUGUUAAGUUUUAAACAUAUUUCAAUUGUCAGUCUUUUUUGGAUAUUUAUUUGGACAUGUGGACUACUUAUACUAAUAAAGACAUAUGUGUUUAAGUUAGGGUUGAUCUUUUUUAAAAAAAUUCUCAAUAUCAGUUGAGACUAUUUUUUGUUAUAUUUGCAUUAAAAACCCAAUUGUGUUAACUUUAAAUAUUUCUUUGUAGUUCUGUAAUAGAACACCUUGUUACAUGCUUCUCUGCAUUAAUU